CAACAUCACAACGGCAGCCAUGGCGAAGAUCAAGAAGAAAGGCACUUCGGGCAACGCCAAGAACUACAUUACCCGCUCUCAAGCGGUGCGCAAGCUGCAAGUCUCGCUGCCAGAUUUUCGACGAUUGUGCAUUUUCAAAGGAAUUUAUCCUCGAGAACCUCGAUCGAAAAAGCGAGCAUCGAGAUCCGCCACACCGUCGACCACUUUCUACUACACCAAAGAUAUUCAGUACCUUCUCCACGAACCACUCCUUGCCAAAUUCCGCGAUCAAAAAGCACUCGCAAAGAAGAUUAGUCGAGCACUCGGCAAGAAUGAGGUCAGCGACGCUUCGCGCAUGGAGCGCAACCUCACGCCGCGAAUGAAGCUGGAUCACAUUAUCAAGGAACGAUACCCUACCUUUGUUGACGCACUCCGAGACCUCGACGAUGCGCUGUCAAUGCUGUUUCUGUUCGCAAACCUUCCUAGCUCUUCCGAAGUACCACCCAAAAUCAUCGCCAAGUGCCAGCGAUUGACACUGGAGUUCGAGCACUACCUCAUCCGAACGCACAGCCUGAGAAAGAGCUUUUUGUCAAUUAAGGGUAUCUACUACCAGGCGACGAUACAAGGACAGGAUAUCUUGUGGCUUGUGCCCUACCGCUUCGUGCAGAAGAACUCGCCAGAUGUCGACUUCCGAAUCAUGGCCACUUUCGUGGAGUUCUACACCACAUUACUGGGCUUCGUAAAUUUCCGACUUUACAGCACGAUCGGACUCGUGUAUCCGCCGAAAUUCGACUUGAAGAGUGAAGAGCAAGGAGCUGAGCUGGGAGCAUUCAAGCUGGAGGGCAAGGAUCAGGAUAAUGAAGAGGAAGAGCAGGAGCAACUGCCUGAUGCAGCGGCAAAUGAAAAGGCACAGGCGGAAGCGGAUAGGCUGUUGGCAUUACCAGAGACAGAGGAUUCAGGACCCUCGCAGACCGCAGAAGGGGAAGAGAAGGCUACUGAGACUGCUCUGGACCAGUUUGAAUCAGUGGAUCCCAAUGCCGACAAACUGCUCCAGCCAUCCAUCACGGCCGAUGUGGAGUCUGCUGCGAAACUCUUCGAGUCUUUCACAUUCUUCCUGUCCCGCGAGACUCCACGACAUCCACUAGAAUUCAUCCUGAAAGCUUUUGGCUGCAAGCGCGUGGGGUGGCAAAGCUUAGACGGCGAGGCGGGCUCAUACUGCAACGAAGAUGACCCACGCAUAACACAUCAGAUUGUCGAUCGACCCGACAUCCCGCUUCCCUCGCCUCCGCAAACCGACGACGAAGAUGGAUUCGACGAUGGCGUCGACGAUUCCGCUGCGAUCAGAAAAGCGGACGAACGUGUUCCUGGAAGAAUCUACAUUCAGCCGCAGUGGGUUUGGGAUUCGAUCAAUGCCGGACAGCUGCAACGACCCGAUCUCUACGCCCCCGGAGCCACUUUGCCUCCGCAUCUCAGUCCUUGGGUCAAGCCGAGACAAGGAGAGUACGAUCCUACGAAGCCGCUCGCGGAGCAGGAGACAGAGGCCGAGGCUGCAGCUGCUGAGGAGGACUCCGAGGAGGAAGACGAUGAGGAAGAAGGGGGCAGCGAGGGUGAAGAAGCCAGCGACGAGCAAGCCGGAGACCUGAUUGAUAAGCUCGAGGACAGAGAUGUUGCGCAAGGCGAGGGCAUGGACGUGGAAUUGGGUGGAGAGGAUGACGAAAACGAAAGCGAGGCAGACGCAGGUGCCCCAGAAGACGACUUUGGCGGCUUUUCUGAAGACGAAGAAUCCGAGGACGAGGCUACGAAAGCGGCACGCGAACACCAGGCUGAGCUUGAGGCUGAGGCGCAGGGCAAGAAGGUCAAGUCUGCGGACCCGAAGGAGAAGAAGAAGCUGGCGAAGGUAGCUGCGCAGGCCAAGCGAACCCAGGCUGAGCGAGAAGCAGCAGAAGAUCUGGAGCGGAGGAAGGGAAUGAUGCCACGCCGGAAGAGAAAGAUGUACGAAAAGAUGGUGUACAGUAAUGCGGUGAAGUCGGAUGAGGCCGAGAAGAUGAGGGCAAAGCGACGAAAGGUUGAGAAGGAGUUGGCGAAGAAGGCGAAGGCGUAAUUUGGCGAUGCCUAUCUACAAUGAAAAGCGCAUGUGCGUGCAGCGCAGGAAGGAGUCGGUUCCGAUCAUUGGUCAAGCCAAACCGUCUGCUUUCCAAUUUCUCUUCCCAACCGCCUCGCGGCAUUGCACCCUCACUGCGCUUGCAACCCUACCACCUUCGAUCUUGGAACACCCCUGGGCCGAUGCUCUCUGCACCAUACGCCAUCUCAAUCGCAUGCGCGGACUGCGGUGAUAUCGCAACUGCCUAGUCACCAAAGACUUUCCAAGCUCGGUACGCACACUCCCGGUCAUCUC